AUGGCAAAUUGGAAUGACCUAUCACUGGCGCUGAAGCAGAGAAUCAUUGAAAAGUUAGAGUUUCGAACCAGGUAAGUGCACAUUUCUACAAACAAGUAUCCAAACGGUCCCAAGCUGUUUGGAACAAAUGUUCUUCAGAUUCCGCUUUCGCCACGUGGCAAAGUCGACUCAGCUGGCCGUCGAUUCUCUGAAUCUCCGCAUUCCACGCGUCAAUUUCAAGGCACACGCGCGGAAUCGAAUAAAUUUGACAAUUUAUUUGGCCAUCGGAAGUGUGAUUGAUCUGGAAUUCGGAAGCGAUGUCAACAAUGUGACCGAGCUGAAAAUGUUGGUGUGAAUCGAUGAAAUCUCGUAAAAAUACGCCUAUAAUUCAGAAGCACGAGCUGGACGACGAAAAAGCGGAAUAAAAAGUCGAAGACGAGACGAAUUCCGUGUCGAAAUCCGUUUUUCCUGGCCGUCACCACCCUAAAAUCCAUCGUCCAAACGCCGAAAACUGUGCUCGGAACGCUGGAGUUCGCUGCAAUUCUAGACGUGGACGAGUUUCGGACGAUCGAUAGCAUUCUGAAGGACGGUCCCAAGAUCCGAACGCGCAUUCUCAAGACGGACUCGUUCAACGACGCGGCGAUCGGAUGCCACGUGGCGCGCACGGACAUUUCCGAGAUUCACAUUUUGAUGAAGGAUUCGAAAGGGACCGUGCCCGUCGUUUACACCCGGAAAAUGAGAUAUUUCACGAGAAAAGCGCUGCCGAGACAGCCGCAGAUCACCGGAUUUUGUGAGCAGACUUCAUUUUCGAUAGCACCCAACACUCAACCCAUUUCAGAUGGUUUCUAUAGUACGGAAGAGACGGUGAAAAAAGAGAUGGUCGAACUUUGGAAUGACGAAGCGAACCAGCUGGGAUUACGUGUGGAACGGUAAGAAUUGCGGUAUCUUUUUUAUGAAUUUUUUUUUUCGGUUUUUUGCCAGUUAUAGAAAACUCUAGAAGCUGUCAGAUAAUGCAUUUCAGGUCGUCGGAUGGUGACGAAUGGAUCCGAAAAAACGGCGAACUCGUGUUGUGCCGCAGAAAAACGGCGUGUGGAGUGAUGAUAAGAACGCAGACGUACAAAUUCUAUCCGGAGGUACACUGUAUCCCGGUUUUUCUGACUGAAAAUGUUCAAACUCUUCUAGGAAUCGAGCAUGUGUGAGUUGAGAUGGACGUGUUCAAAGUGUGCGGAUCCGUUCGAUCGAUGGUAUCAAUUGAAUGUGGCCAAAGAGGUUGGGACGUCUUUAGAGACGCAUAUCUCGUGAAUCAAUGAUUCAUCCAAAAUACUGUCAACUACAAAAUGAUAGGAAAUUUUGCGCUGAACAACUUUCUAGUUAACCAUUUUAUCACAAAAUUCUUCAUUUUCAAAAUACGACCUUUUUUCUGCGCCCUUAUUCAAUGCUAAACUUUUCAGACAAACGGCUGGGAACUGGAUGCGAAAAUGCUGAAAGUGCAAGUACUUCCGGUGAUCAACAAUGUUUGUCCGAUAAACGGAUAUUUCAAAAUGGCCGAGCAAUCGUUUAUCGAUUGGGAAUCGGCGUGCAAAAAGGACAAGAAGUCGUCGAAUUUUAGCGCUAAAACGGAAAAUUUCCGGAAAAUUGUCAUAUCCAUCGCCACUCUGAUGGCUCUUUUUUUGGCGCUUUAUGUUUAUUGGUGA